AUGCAUGAUUUUUGGUACGACUGCACGGCAGUCUACGAAGCGGCGCGGCCAGGUCGAAUACAAAACGCAUCUAUUCUGUACAGAACAAUUCGUGACGGCUUCGCAUCUCUUAGAUACCGCGAAGAGCAACCUCCGUCGCCUUCGGGCAUCGUGAUCUGCGGUGGCACUCCAGCCUUCUGUACUCUGGGCAGCGCCUUUUUCACCUGUAAUUCUUUUUGUCCAAGGCUUUUUAAAAUGGAUUCUCAAAAUGCCGCCACCACAUCCGCUGUCCGCACCACCUCCAGCUGCCGCCGUGAUGAUGACGACAUCGCCCCCACCCAGCGCUGCUGCCCCACCUCCACCUCCUCCUCAAGCUGCAGCCGCUGCAGCAGCAGAAGCAUCAACAACAUUAGCAGUAAUAUUAAUCGCCCCUUCGUGUCUACUACCACCACCAGCUCGAGGCAGCUGUCCGCGCUGAUGCUGCUCUCCGCCCUGUUACCCUUCUCUGUGCGCGCCGACGACUGGCACACGGGUCGAGCCACAUACUACGGCUACGAUGGAGGCGCCAGCAUCGACCAGGGUUCUUGCAUGUACGGCCCCCUUCCCAACAGCAUGGUCAGCACGGGAAAGAACAUCGCCGCCCUCUCAGAUCAGGAUUACGACUUCGGGGGGAGCUGCGGUCGCUGCUACGAGGUCGCUUGCAACCCGGCCGCCUUCUCCGACGGCUACGGCAACUACAUCGACCGCAACUCCGGAUGCUACGACGAUUCCAAGACCGUCAUUGUCACCAUCACCGACUCCUGCCCCUGCAACUACCCGGGUAACCAGUACUCCAACCGCCGCUGGUGCUGUGGCGACAUGUACCACAUGGACCUGAGCCAGGACGCCUUCUCCCAGCUCGCCGACAUCGGUCAGGGGGUGAUGGGCAUCCGCUACCGCCAGGUGAACUGCCCCGGCGGCUUCGUGCCAUCACCCAGGAAGGCCACGUCGGACUACCUGGCGGGCACGGGGCAGUGA